UAUGGCCGCUACAAAGAGCUUCUGGGCUCGGGAGCCGUGAAGAAAGUCUACAGAGCCUUUGACCAAGAAGAAGGAAUUGAAGUCGCCUGGAAUCAAGUCAAACUACGUAACUUCUCAGAUGACGAGACCAUGAUUAAUCGACUAUUUUCUGAAGUCCGCCUGCUCGGGAACCUGAAGAACAAGAAUAUAAUUGCCCUUUACUCUGUCUGGCGGGACAAGGAGAAGAACACCCUGAAUUUCAUAACUGAGGUUUGUACGUCCGGUAAUCUAAGAGAGUACCGGAAAAGGCACAGGCAUGUCUCGAUGAAGGCCAUCAAGAAGUGGUCAAGGCAGAUCUUGAAAGGGCUCGACUAUUUGCACACACACGAACCUUGUGUCAUUCACAGGGACCUCAAUUGUAGCAAUGUCUUCAUAAACGGCAAUGUUGGCCAGGUGAAAAUCGGCGAUUUCGGGUUGGCAGCUAUAGUUGGGAAAAACCACUCGGCCCAUUCAGUGCUGGGGACACCGGAAUUCAUGGCACCUGAGCUGUAUGACGAGAACUACACAGAGAUGAUAGAUAUAUACUCGUUUGGGAUGUGCUUGCUCGAGAUGGUGACUCUCGAGCUUCCGUACAGCGAAUGUGAUAAUGUGGUAAAGAUUUACAAGAAGGUGACAUCUGGAGUGAGGCCUCAGGCCAUGAACAAGGUGAAGGAUCCCGAGGCCAAAGCGUUUAUUGAGAAGUGUCUUGCUCAGCCAAGAGCCAGGCCUUCGGCUGCCCAACUA